AUGCAACGUGUUCAGAAGCAGAUAAUGUAUAAGGAGUGGGAAUUGCUGAUCCCUCAUCCAAGGGAUAUAAAUGUGAAGGUGCAAAACAGUAACGACAACAACAAAGAGAAAUGCACGAUAAGUGACAUCAAGAAAACGCUGACGAAGGAGCAAUUGGAAGCUUUUAGAAUGUCAGCUUUUGGGAAGUUCCUUGAUCUCCCACAUUGUAUUUUCCAGAACCAGCUCGUAAACUACAUACUUUUACGAGAGGUUCAUCAAAGUAGGACAUAUGAGAUCUGGUUCGACUUCGGAGGGAAAUUCCUCCGAUUUGGUAUAGAGGAAUUUGCUUUCGUGACUGGUUUGAAGUGCACUGGACUUAGUAAGAAAAUGAACAUUCCAAAGAUUGCCAAUGGUCUGUGUGACAAGUAUUUUGCUGGUCUUGAAUUAACUCGGAGCCACAUUAGGUGGCAGUUUAUGAAAAAAUUGUGGGCGAGCGAUGAAGAUGCUGUGAAAUUUGCUAAGUUGCAUUUUUUAGCAAAUUUCCUCAUGGCCUCUCAAGAUGCCCUUCGCAUAGACCACUGUUUUGUUGACAUGGCAGUCCAGAGUGUGAUGAUUACUCAUGGGGAACCGCUGUCUUUCAGUUUACCCUACAGUAACUGA